AUGCAAUUAGUCCAAGCACGGUGGCAAGGCCACCGAAUAGGUAGGGUACUAGAAAGUGCCAUGGCGAGUGUUGUAUGGUGGCCACAGUCGGUGGAGGUGGAGAAAAUUGGCGGCUUUGGUGGUGCUUCUAAUAACAUUCCAUCGAAGUUGGAUUGGGGCACUCGGCUGAGAAUAGCCUUGGAGGCAGCAAAAGGAUUGGAGUAUCUCCAUGAACAUGUUAGUCCUCCAGUAAUUCACAGAGAUUUUAAAAGCAGUAACAUCCUUUUGGAUAGAAACUUCCAUGCCAAAAUUUCCGACUUUGGGUUAGCAAAACUUGGCUCUGAGAAAGCUGGUGGCCAUGUUUCAACUAGAGUAUUGGGCACCCAAGGAUAUGUCGCACCCGAGUAUGCAUUAACUGGGCAUCUGACAAUGAAAUCAGACGUGUACAGUUAUGGAGUCGUCCUCCUGGAAUUGCUGACUGGCAGGGUUCCUGUGGAUAUGAAGAGACCUCAAGGGGAAGGUGUUCUCGUUUCUUGGGCCUUACCCCAACUCACGGAUAGAGAAAAGGUUAUAGAUAUCAUGGACCCGGCCCUCGAGGGUCAGUACUCGAUGAAGGAGGUUAUACAAGUUGCUGCAAUUGCUGCUAUGUGCGUACAGCCGGAGGCUGAUUACCGGCCACUAAUGGCGGACGUGGUGCAGUCGCUGGUCCCUUUGGUGAAACAUCACAAACUGCCUUCAAAGCCAGGUACCAGCCCAAGUUUCCACGCUAUGCAGUCUCCUAAAGCUUAG